AAGGAAAAGUAAUAAGGAAUUUGACAACGGCAUCUACGGUUACGGGUGAAAAAGAUUAUCAUAUGGAGAUGGAGUAACAGACAGAAGAUUUUGCGAGCUUCUUCGUUCCUCUUUCCCCACCGCAGUUGCUGCUGCUGCUGCUGCUGCAAACUCACACCCACCACUCUAGACGUCGCUUUUUUACUUCCUGGGAUCUAUUUGAUUUAAAUUAAUUUAUAUUACUUACUAGAUUUGGAGGCCAAUAUGAACUUUUUAAACUCAUGAGGACAAAAGCGCGUCUCUCUUAGUCUUGGCCGUUUCUUUUUUUCUUCUCUUCCCUUCUCUCUCUCUCUCGAGAAUUGAAGGAAAGAGAUCCCUCUGCCAGCAUAAAUAAACAGAUCGUCGGCAAUUUGAAAAAUAAAAGCAAAUUCGGAGAUGGACAGCGAAAGCAAGAAGUCGGCGGUAUCGGAUGUUGGAGCAUGGGCAAUGAACGUUAUCAGUUCCGUUGGCAUCAUUAUGGCCAAUAAGCAGCUCAUGUCCUCUAACGGUUAUGCUUUCUGCUUUGCCACGACGUUAACGGGUUUCCACUUUGCGGUAACGGCGCUGGUGGGACUUGUGUCGAAUGCCACUGGCUUAUCCGUAUCAAAGCAUGUCCCAAUGUGGGAGCUUCUCUGGUUCUCUGUUGUUGCCAAUAUGUCUAUCACUGGCAUGAACUUCAGCCUUAUGCUUAACUCUGUCGGAUUCUACCAAAUUUCUAAACUCAGCAUGAUUCCUGUGGUUUGCAUAUUGGAAUGGAUUCUUCAUAACAAACAAUACUCAAGGGAAGUCAAGUCAUCUGUUUUGCUCGUAGUUAUAGGUGUUGGCGUUUGCACUGUCACAGAUGUCAAGGUUAAUGCUAAAGGUUUUAUAUGUGCCUGUAUAGCUGUUUUGUCUACGUCUUUGCAGCAAAUUACUAUAGGUUCCUUACAGAAGAAGUAUUCAAUUGGAUCAUUUGAAUUGUUAAGUAGAACAGCUCCAAUUCAAGCCCUUUCUCUUCUUGUUGUUGGUCCAUUUGUUGAUUACUGCCUCAAUGGAAAAUUUAUAACAACCUAUAAGAUGUCUACUGGUGCUAUUCUAUUUGUAAUUCUUUCCUGUUCCUUAGCUGUAUUCUGCAAUUUUAGCCAGUACCUCUGCAUUGGAAGAUUCUCAGCAGUUUCCUUCCAGGUUUUAGGUCACAUGAAAACAGUUUGUGUUCUCACACUGGGGUGGUUACUCUUUGAUUCUGAGUUGACUUUCAAGAACAUAAUGGGGAUGAUUAUUGCAGUAGCUGGCAUGGUUGUUUAUAGUUGGGCUGUAGAGGCUGAAAAGAGUGCAAGUGCCAAGGCCAUACCCCCUAUGAAGAACAGUCUGACGGAAGAGGAAAUCAGACUUCUGAAGGAGGGAGUCCAAAGCGCUCCUGUGAAGGAUGUUGAACUUGGUGAGUCUAAGGGAUAGGUGGUACUUGGCUGGAUAUUGGAUAUUUGUUCUCAAUUCAGUUUAGUAUAACUUGCAUAUUUAUGUGGCUGCAAGACAGUCAUUGGCUGACCCCUCUCACAAAAUCUUAGAAAUGUGUUCUAUUUUAUUUAA